AGGGCGAUGGAGAUCGCGCUAGGGCCGGGGAAAACUAUCUUGAUGAACGGUUUCAUGAUGUACAUGUCGGGGGCUGGCAUUCACAUCUUCAGCAUCAUGAUUACUUUCAUGGGGAUCAUGAAUCCUGCUAAGGCGAUCCUGGGCGUUCAUAAUGGGAUGCCAUCGUCCACAAUUUUACGCACCAUCCCUGCUAUGCCCACCGCUCACGCACCCGCUCAACCCGCGAUGUCAUCGCCCUGCCCGCGCUUCCCGCAAACGUAUGCAGUCUUCCGAACAGUGGACGAUGGCAAGAUUUCCCUGCUCAUGCCGAAGCUCCUAUUUUGUGCCCUCAACUUUGGGGGAGUGUGUGUCGCUCUUUGGAAGAUGGCCAAGAUGGGACUGUUACCUGUAACCGCGGCGGAUUGGACGUCUUACCUGGUGCCGAAACACGCCAUCGAGCAGUCGGGAGUGCCAUUAUGAUGCUUGGAGUAUCGAGAGGGGACCAGUCUUGGUUGGCAUGAUCCCCUAGGAGUUU